UGUUAUCAAAGCAGCAAGAGAGAGCGCUCUGGCUAGCAUAGCUUAGCUGUAUGACAUAGUAAUGAAACGGCCUUGAGAGUUGGGAAUAAGCUUGUGCUUUAUCAUGUUGUGUCCGGAGUUGUGACUGUGAAGAUUCAUACCUAAGGAAUAUAAUUCUCCUCGACUUUCCUCCGGUGCGAGUGUUGAAACAAGGUGUGAAUGAGUGACGUGGUGCCUCCCACAGCUCUCAGUGAAGUCCAGCUCCGGUUCCUCUGUCACGAUGACAUAGAGAGUGUCAAACUGCUCUGUGGUGAUUGGUUCCCAAUCGAGUACCCAGACUCAUGGUAUCAGGACAUCACCUCCAACAAAAAGUUCUUCUCCCUCGCUGCCACCUUCAGGGGGGGCAUCGUGGGAAUGAUUGUGGCCGAGAUCAAAGGCCGGACCAAAGUACACAAAGAGGAUGGAGACAUCCUGGCCUCCAGUUUUCCUGUGGACACACAGGUAGCCUACAUCCUCAGCUUGGGAGUGGUCAAAGAGUUCAGAAAACAUGGCAUAGGCUCCUUACUGCUGGACAGUCUGAAGGAGCACAUCUCUACGACAGCCCAGGACCACUGUAAGGCCAUUUACCUGCACGUCCUCACCACUAACAACACUGCCAUCCACUUCUAUGAGAACAGGGACUUCAGACAGCACCACUACCUGCCCUACUACUACUCCAUACGAGGGGUCCUCAAAGAUGGAUUCACCUAUGUGCUCUACAUCAAUGGGGGCCAUCCACCUUGGACGAUAUUUGACUAUAUCCAGCACAUCGGUUCAACCCUGGCCAGCUUGAGCCCCUGCUCCAUCCCACAGAGGCUGUACCGGCAGGCCCAGUCCCUGCUGCGCUCCCUGCUUCCCUGGUCCAACAUCGCCUCCAAGACUGGCAUACAGUACAGCCGAACAAUGUGACACAGCACGGAGCACAAGUGUUCCGUUUCUCAUCAGUCUUCCCCUGAGCACACAAAGAUGUACACGCACACCCACAUCCUGUACGGCUCUCCGCACCCUGUAUUGGUCACAGGACUCAGGUUCAACCUGUGUUUGACCGUUCACAUAUCCGAUUAUUAUUAUUAGACACACGUUUGGCACUGUUUCACACAAGAUCCUGGUUUGCAGCUGUAGUUCUGUACCCAGCUGUUACACAGGGUUGUAUCAUAACAUCAUCAGGAGUGCAAUGUUGUGUUUACACCAACAAUUCAGCAAAACUGACACCAUGGGAUCAUUUCUUUUGGUUAUUUAGUAAUUGUACUAUCCCAUAUAUACUACACUAUCCCAUAACUACCGUUAGUUACCUGUGUUUACCCAGUCGUACCAAAGCUGAGCAGCGUCAGACCCACUUUCAACCCAGGCAGCAGAGCUGAGUGGAGGACCAUGUUGACCCAGAUACACAGAACGGCAAACACAGGUUGUUAGUACGGUGUGAAAGGGGUGUUACACUCACACACACACCCCCACACACACACACAUUCAUACACACACUGGGAACCCGAUAGAGACUAAAGGUUCAUGCCUAUAUUCCUCCCUUCAUCCUGUCCACCACUGUCACAGAGACUAUGUAUACUGUUUGUAUAUUAUAUAUACUAAACUAAUAUAUGAAUUUCUCUUAAUAUGUAUGUGUAUUCUAUGCUGUUGAUAGACCUAGUUGGAUGAUAAAUCAUCCUUUUUCCCUUUUUGUGUAUCAACUGAAUUCAGACUCUGAGUCAAUUCCAGUUUGUAAAAUAGACUGAGGGCGCAAUUUGCAUUCAAUUGGACUGUGAAGCAUUUAAAAAUGUUGAAAGGCUAAUAAUUUAGACUGAAGCUAAUUAUACAGAGGAAACUCUGAGACACAAUGUAGAUUGGUGAUAUUUUCAGUAGCAACUUGAAUUUUAAAACAAAAGAUUUUUCCCAUUUGAGAAUGUAUGAUAUUAUCUGAUUUGCAGGGUGCAAUACAUGAAAGUACAGGAAACUACAGUAGUGACAUCAGCACACAAACAUAUGGGCAUGUUGUAGUUUAGUAGUCAGUCAGUACUGCAACAGCUUUACAGGCUUUCCACAUGUUAUGCAGUUCUAUUUUUAAGUCUUAACUCUAUGUGAAAUGGCCUUUCUACAUUGUUUCAAACUGUUGCCCCUGUAUAGUUCAUAAGAGUAAGGGAGUCCUUAUUUUAGAGGUUUUAAAUGGUGACUGGCUGUAGGACUGUCUCUCUGCUCCAUGGCUGUAAAAUUGCUGCUAAUGUAGAGAAAUAUCCAUUUGUUUUUGUCCAGAUUUUAAAAUAUGGCACAGAUUAGAUUUUAAUGACCGCUUAUAGAAGAGAUAAGAACACAAACGCAACACACCUUGCGUGUCUGCUUGUAUGGGUGCACAUGUGUAUGCGUUGAUGCAUACAGGGUCCAAAAAAUAGCACUUAGCGAGUGCCAAAAUGUUGGUCAGAUCAGUCUACGGAAGACAAAACGAGUCAAGUUCAGCCAACAUCUUUGUCAGUGAGUGACACUGUAUUUUCUCUAUUUUAUUGCAUUCUGUUGCACUUCACUGGCAAGGGUGACUCUGUGUGAAAAAUGUACGCUCAUUGUUAAAAGGUGAAAUUUUCUGGGUAUACCAGCCCUGGGCAGGUGACUCAGAAGAAAGUUUCUGACAUUGUGUUUGCAAUAAACUUCAUUUGACUGAUUGUAGAGACAGAGUCAGUCGGGCAGCCCCUACUGUGUGACUAUUUUACAUUGUCCUCAAAAUUUCAUUGUGAUAUGUCAUAUUACAUUGUCAUAAACCUGAGCCUUGUUUUCAAUCACAA